CCCCCACACCCCGCCACCUCCGGCCCUCAACAGGUGCUUGUUUUCUUUGCAGAACAUGGAUCAUGGAAGAGCUUGGGGCUACCUGACCUUCAGAGGCGAAACUGAAGAAGAAGUGAGAGAAAUCGACAAAAUCAUGUACCAUGACUGGCGUAUGGUGCCCAAGCAUGAGGAGGAGGCCUUCAAGAAAUUCACCCCAGUGUCGGAGGAGACCAUUCGGUACCUUCCAUACCCGCCUCUGCUCCGAGCCAUGAUCCUUGCACAGUGGCAGAAAGAGGGAAAACCAAUCACAGAGGAGCCAGUGAUUGAUUUGGAGAAGGUCAUGGCCUCUCAGCGUGCAAAGAAAAAAGCUAAAGGGACACCCGUAUAAAGACCUGUUCUGUGUCCUGAGCUGCCUACGUGCUCUCACUGUUUGCUAGAAGCACAUCAUCUUACAGAAGAUCCCCUUGCCCGCUGUGGCAUGGUGUGUCUGGGUUUCCUGGCAUUCUCUCCCCCUGCCCUGUACAGCCACCUCAUCUGAAAGGAAAGAUGCAGAUAAACAUGGAUUUUUUUUUUCCAUAACUUUGGUCUCAGUCAGUAGAGGAACCUUCUUGGUUCCUUGUGUAGUACCUGAAUGCAUAGCUCGUGUCAUCCAGCAACAGUGCUUUGGAGCAGUUGCCUUUACAGCCUGAAAAUGAGGUUUUUAAGAACAUUUUCAGAUAAUUUGCGUCCUACAUAUA